AUGAGUGAAGAUUUGGUCACUGCUGGUGCAGCAGAGGCUGCGCAGAGACAAGUCCGAGUGCAGCUCAUCAGCCAGGAGGAGGAAAUUGCUCUGCCUGAAAGCACCGGCCCAAUUCUUGUUCCUACUGGACUCCGACGAUAUGCGCUCUCAACACUGGUGAACAACCUUCUCUCAAGCGAAAAGCCCAUUCCAUUUGAGUUUUUGAUCAAUGGAACUUUUUUGCGGACCUCGAUUGAUGAAUAUUUGGUCGACAACGGUAUCUCUGCUGAAACGACACUCGAGAUUGAAUAUGUUCGAGCUUUGAUCCCGCCCCUGCACAUCGCCUCGUGCGACUUUCACCAAGGGCCAUGA